GCUUUAUUAAGCAGCCGGGCAGGUUCUCAGGCGAGAAGCCGGCGCGGGCAGCUCGAGGGGAGGCGGUCGCGGGAGUCGGGGCGCUGGGGCUGAUUCCCAAAGGGACGCUUCCUGGAACCUCCGCCUCCUCCUCCUCCUCUUCUUCUUCCUCCUCCUUCUUCUCCUUCCUAUCCGGCUUCUCUCCGUCUCCUUGGCCAGGCGCUGGACGGACAGAGCGCUCGGGCGUCUUCCUCCUCUGCUCCAAGUCCAGCCCAGCCGGGCGCCGGUCUUUCUUUCUUUCUUCCCUACCUUCCUUCCUUCUUUCCUUCCUUCCUUCCUUUCUCCUUCGCCUUCUUCUUUCGGGGCAUCCGCAGCUCCGCUGGCCGGCCCGAGGCUUCCCGUGGGGAUGCUGCUCCGCUGCCUGCUCCUCUUCCUCGCCGCCGCCGCCGCCACGCUGGGGCCCCGCAGGACGGCUCUCCGCGCCCAAGCUGCUGAGGAAGAAAUUAUUCAAACAGGAAUACCAAGAAGCAAACUAAAGCACUAUGUCCUAGCAACCCCAGUCAGCACCACUGCAGAUGGAAGUUAUAUUUCCAAUGUUGUUUCUGCAAGCCAUUCAAGGAGAUCCAUACGGGAUGUAUCGCCAAGCCCCAAGCAACUGUACUUUAAUGUGUCUGCUUUUGGAAAGGAAUUCCACCUUAGACUCAGACCUAACACACGCUUAAUAGCUCCUGGGGCCAUCGUGGAAUGGUAUGAAGAUUCUGUGGAAACCAAAAAUGGAACUGCUUCUCAGGCUGAGACUGUUGCGGACAGAAUAUGGAAAAAGGAAUUGCUGUGGACCAACUGUGCAUAUGUUGGGGACCUUGUGGAUAUACCAGGAGCUUCUGUUGCUGUUAGCAACUGUGAUGGUCUGGCUGGAAUGAUAAAAGCAGGUGAAGAUGAAUAUUUCAUUGAGCCAUUGGAGAAAGGGAAACAAAAGGAUGAAGAACGAGGAAGGCUUCACAUGGUUUACAGGAGGUCAGCAAUUGCCAAGGGUCCAACUGAUGUGCUUCCUGACUUCUACAGCGAAGAAUCUGAUCUUCGAGGCCGGAGCAGUCUGGACUCCACUUAUACCAGUAUAGAGCAGCAACUGAAUGAGACGUUGAGACAACGUAGGCAUGCUGGAGAAAAUGACUAUAAUAUUGAAGUGCUCCUGGGCGUGGAUGACUCUGUGGUCCGAUUCCACGGCAAAGAACAUGUGCAGAACUACCUCCUCACCUUAAUGAAUAUAGUGAAUGAAAUUUACCAUGAUGAAUCCUUGGGGGUCCAUAUAAAUGUAGUCUUGGUUCGCAUGAUGAUGUUGGGCUAUGCCAAGUCGAUCAGCCUUAUUGAACGGGGAAAUCCAUCAAGGAGCCUGGAGAACGUAUGCCGUUGGGCAUAUCAACAACAAAAAACAGACCCUGGUCAUUCAGAGCAUCAUGAUCAUGCCAUAUUUCUAACCAGGCAAGAUUUUGGGCCAGCUGGAAUGCAAGGGUAUGCGCCAGUAACAGGCAUGUGUCAUCCUGUCAGAAGCUGUACUCUUAACCAUGAAGAUGGGUUUUCUUCAGCAUUUGUGGUUGCCCAUGAAACUGGACAUGUGUUAGGAAUGGAACACGAUGGACAAGGGAACAGGUGUGGGGAUGAGACCGCAAUGGGGAGUGUCAUGGCUCCGUUGGUACAAGCUGCUUUUCAUCGAUACCACUGGUCCCGGUGCAGUGGCCAGGAACUCAAAAGAUACAUACACUCCUAUGACUGCCUCCUUGAUGACCCCUUUGAACAUGAUUGGCCCAAACUUCCUGAGCUGCCAGGGAUAAAUUAUUCGAUGGAUGAACAGUGCCGCUUCGAUUUCGGUGUGGGCUACAAAAUGUGCACGGCGUUUCGAACCUUUGACCCAUGCAAACAGUUGUGGUGCAGCCAUCCUGACAACCCUUACUUCUGCAAGACAAAGAAGGGGCCGCCGCUUGAUGGGACAGAAUGUGCCCCUAGUAAAUGGUGCUAUAAAGGUCACUGCAUGUGGAAGAAUACCAACCAGCUGAAGCAAGAUGGCAACUGGGGGGCCUGGACGAAAUUUGGCUCCUGCUCCAGAACAUGUGGAACUGGAGUCCGCUUCCGAACAAGGCAGUGCAACAAUCCCAUGCCAGUUAAUGGAGGUCAAGACUGUGCUGGUGUCAACUUUGAAUAUCAACUGUGCAACAUGGAAGAGUGUCCAAAGCUUUAUGAAGACUUCCGAGCCCAGCAGUGUCAACAGCGCAACUCACAUUUCGAAUAUCAGAGCAGUAAACACCACUGGCUUCCAUAUGAACAUCCUGAUGCCACCAAGAGAUGCCAGCUUUACUGCCAAUCCAGAGAGACAGGAGAUGUUGCUUAUAUGAAACAACUAGCCCAUGAUGGAACUCGCUGCUCAUACAAAGACCCAUUCAGCAUUUGUGUUCGUGGAGAGUGUGUGAAAGUGGGCUGUGACAAGGAAAUUGGGUCCAACAAAGCGGAAGACAAGUGUGGAGUAUGUGGGGGAGAUAAUUCGCACUGCCGGACAGUAAAAGGGACCUUCACUCGAAUCCCUAAGAAGCCUGGCUACCUUAAGAUGUUUGACAUCCCACCGGGUGCUAGACAUGUGAGCGUCCAAGAAGACGAGGCUUCUCCUCACAUUCUUGCUAUUAAGAACCAAGCAACAGGCCACUAUAUUCUGAAUGGCAAAGGAGAGGGGUCCAGCUCUCGUUCCUUCAUUGAUCUGGGCUUAGAAUGGGAAUAUCACAUAGAAGAUGACAUUGAAACACUUCAGACUGAUGGGCCACUGUAUGAUGCUGUUGUUGUGUUGAUCAUUCCUCAAGACAAUGACACCCAGUCUAGUCUGACUUACAAAUAUAUCAUUCAUGAGGAUUCUGUGCCCAAUGUCAAUAGCAACAAUGUCCUUCAAGAAGAGCUCGAUACAUUUGAGUGGGCUUUGAAGAGUUGGUCCCAGUGUUCCAAGGCCUGUGGUGGAGGUUUUCAAUACACCAAGUAUGGAUGCCGCAGAAAGAGUGAUAGUAAAAUGGUUCACCGUGGCUUCUGUGAAGCCAGUAAGAAACCCAAACCUAUUCGCAGGAUGUGCAAUCUCCAGGAAUGUACACAACCCUUCUGGGUUGCAGAAGAAUGGGAACACUGCACCAAAACCUGUGGGGCAUCUGGCUACCAGAUCCGAACAGUGCGUUGCAUUCAGCCACUUCAUGAUGGUGCUAACCGCUCUGUGCAUUUCAAGUACUGCAGUGGGGAUCGGCCGGAGAGUCGUAGGCCUUGCAACAGAACGCCGUGUCCUGCUCAGUGGAAAACAUGGCCAUGGAGUCCAUGUUCUGUGACCUGUGGUGAAGGAACAGAGUCCAGGCAAAUCUUAUGCCGUGCUGGUGACCAAUGUGAUGGGGAGAAACCAGAAUCUGUGAGAGUCUGCAAGCUAGCCCCAUGUAAUGAUGAGCCUUGCCAAGGAGAUAAGUCUAUCUUCUGCCAGAUGGAGGUGCUUGCCCGAUAUUGUUCAAUUCCAGGCUACAAAAAGUUGUGCUGCGAAUCUUGCAGCAAACGUAGCAGCACCCUUCCACCUCCCUUCCUCAGUGAAGCUGCAGAAACUGAAGAGGAAAUGAUGGCCAGCCACGGAGGCCCACCAAAGACUUUGGUGGGUCCGACAUCCUUAGUCUCACUUCAACCUGAAGGUCCAGGUUCUUUGGGCAGGAUGUUCUCGGCAGAAGACACACAUGCCCUUAUUCCUCAGACCUAUGGAAGGGCCAGAGUUGUUGGUCCUUUGCAGCGAAGAGUGAAGAGUCAAGCGAGGAACAAGACUUCUGGGUCAGUGGCAGUGCCAUACCAGCCACCAACCAAAAGUGGCCCUCUCCUUGGCCACAAUUCCUCAGCCUCAUUAGAUAGCAGUCCAGCCCUAGCAGACAACAGCAGUUCAGCAAGUGUUCAUUCUCCACACAGAACCUCACGGAGAAAUGAGAAGCAAGUGGACAGGUGGCAGCUGCCAAGGGCUUCGACUGUAGAAAGAUGAAACUUAGCAGUGGGGAAGGAGAGGGUUCAUGAAAGCAAAGAAGUCAUCUCGUCAUUUUGUUCCCAGUACCGUGGUGCAUGCAAAAUUUCCAAGUGCAGGACUUUCAACAUCAACAGCUGAAACGGAGAGGGGAAAAAGUGCAGGUUCACUUUGCAGUCAGAUCAACCCCUUGUCCUCUUCUGUUCCCUUUUCCUCUUCUCCCAAUAUCAAUUUACCUGUAUAUUUCAAAGGGAAACUCCAAAAUGAUAUGAACAAGAAAGCAAAUAGCUGAGCAGGUUGGCUAUUUCCUGCCCAUUAGAAAUCUAGGUUGUACAUCAGCUGCUCAAACAAACCCCAAAAGGUAUAUUAUUAAUUCAUCAAAACAAUAAAGUAAACAAAAUGAUUGAGGAAGCUGGAGAAGGGGGAAUAGCAACCAAUCAGCGAAACCAAAA